AGCUACUCAGACUGAGGCUCAGGGUGCCUCCAGCGCUCCACACGAGCCUUUACAACACAAACACUCAGACUUCUCUGCUGUCAGGACUGCUACACCUGCUCUGCUGCUCAGCUGAGACAAGACUCCAACUGAGGAGACACCUAAGGGAGAAGAUCAUCCUUCUUAACUGAGAAACAUGAAACUUGAAGUUUUCUCUGCGCACCACUUCGUGCAGAAGCCGCUGGAGUUGUGUAUGGACGCAGAGGGGGGAGUCCCGUCUCCCCUGUCCGGAGACGAGCUGGGGUCGGACGGGGACUGCGUGGCCAACAGCCCGGCACCUGUCACCCAGGGCGGCGACGGCAGCAAGGGGAAGCCGUACACCCGCAGACCCAAGCCUCCUUACUCCUACAUCGCCCUCAUCGCCAUGGCCAUCCGGGAGUCCAGCAGCGGCCGCCUCACUCUGGCAGAGAUCAACGACUACCUGAUGAAGAAGUUCCCGUUUUUCCGCGGCAGCUACACCGGCUGGAGGAACUCGGUGCGCCACAACCUGUCACUCAACGACUGCUUCCUCAAAGUGCUGCGGGACCCCUCCAGGCCGUGGGGCAAGGACAACUACUGGAUGCUCAACCCGCACAGCGAGUACACCUUCGCUGACGGGGUGUUCCGCCGCAGGAGGAAGCGCAUCGCCAAGAGGUCCCCCAAGGAGCAGGAGAGCCCGGACAUCCUCAGCGAGGACACCCGCCUCCCCGCCCCGGAGGAGAGGGUGGGGGCCAAGUUCUCCAGCUCCUUCGCCAUAGACAGCAUCCUCAGCACGCCUUUCAAGCGGAGAGAGGACAGCCACGCUGAUGCAGACACUCACGCCCCCCGGCUCUACUGGCCCCCAGGGGCCCAUGUGCUGCCGUACCCUCUGAACUAUCCGGCACAACACAUGUACCUGUCAGACGCGGCGUACAGCAGCAGCAGUAGCAGCAGCGGCGGCGGCGGGACAGAGCCCAUCAGCAGGGACGCUCUCACAUACUUCCAGCAGACAGCACCGGCCAUGACCGGACCCGAGGCCGCUUUCAAGAUGCCCAGCAAGGCGCGAGGUUUCCACAUAGACUCCCUGCUGUCAUGAACCUCCCGGGCUGACGUCAGACCUGUAAUGUUUUGACCCAUGACGUGCACUUUUAUGGGCGCUCUUAGCUUUCAGUGCUUUAGCUGUUUAACUGUGGGACUCUGUCUGUCUCAUCAUGACUACUGUAAGUCAUUAAAACAAACAAACAUGGCGGGUUGUUAAUAUUGAUCUAACUGUGUGGUGACUGAGUUGCUGUCAUCGCAGGACAUUCCACUUUGCGUGUGUGUGUGUGUGUGUGUGUGUGUGUGUGUGUGUGUGUGUGUGUGUGUGUGUGUGUGUGUGUGUGUUACAGGUGUUUAGAGAGUGUUUGUAUUCUGUAUUCAUGGUUCAUUGGUCAUUUCUACUGUGUGCGCCAUGUUGAAACAUAAAACUAGUCAUCUAUUUAUAUUUUCAUGUUUUGUAAGACCUGCUGUAUAAAAUAUUGUUGUAAAUAUAUAUAUAUGAAAAAAUAUUGACUGAGCUGCGGUGAAAAAUCACGCGGCUGCACUAGAAUCGCAUGGAGAAAUGUUCUGUUUUCAUGCAUGUCUGGUAUUUUUUAUGAAUA